GCAAUUUGUUGCACAAGCGUAUAGUGGUCGGCGAAAUAAGUUGGAUUGCAUUGAAGUAUUUGUGAGCUCCUUAAUAAUUUGCUAAUAAUUGACAAGGAAGUGAAAAGUAAUUCUACAAGUGAAGUACUCUUCGCCAAGCUAAACACUUCAUACAAAACUUAAAACUUUUUCCUCAGAUAAGAUGUCAGAAUACAACAUGAGCCACAUGGUGCGACCCCAGGGAUUCAGCUUGGAGGAGCUGCGUCAGGCUUUGAGUCGAUCGGCGAUUCGGGAGCAAUGCUACUUUAUUUAUGCCACCGGCAAUAUUUUGGAGAUUAUAUCUGGAUUUGAUGAACUGCUCAACCAGGAGGUAAUCCAAUUCGGAGCCGAUAAACUGGCUGCGGUGUAUGUAUGCGGUUUGAUGGUUUAUCUACUCCGUCAUGAGGACACUUCGGCGACCCAGGUGAAGAGAACUCUCUUCCUGCAAAAUUGCUUCAAUUAUAUGGCAUGCACCGAGGAAAGCCAUAUCCACCAGAUAUGCGUCCAUAUCCUGGGCCUCUUCAAUAUCCAGAGUUCGAGCACAAUGCUCAACCUGAUCCUCGGCUGCCGCGUGGCCAGUCCACUGUCCACAAUGGCCAACGUAGUGGCUAACUGUCUGUUCUGGGCCAUGUUGGAUCAUAUGUCGGACUUGGGCCUGGACUUGCACCGUUUGCGUCCGGCUAACACACUGCUGCUCGUCGUCGCCGUGGUGAAGCCGCAUAUUUAUGUAAUAUCCUAUCUGCAUUCCCUGCACCUGGUGGUCCGUUUAAUAUCCAGCAUCCUGCUGAUCGGACCAUUCAGUGUCCAGGGCCAGCAACUGUGCCAGGAGACCGGCGUGCCCGAGGAUUUUAUGAAACUGGCCAGGGAAGAUUGCUCGAUAUUAGUUCGCUGGCUAAUCGCCAUUGUUGAUGAGCUGCGUCCCCUGAUGGUGGAGAACAACGAUUUGGGGCAUCUGCAUGAGCGCCUGGUGCUCUUGGAGUCCAUUUGUGAGCUUAUGCAACUCUUGCAUGGCCACUUGGUUAAGUUUUAUCAAGGCAAAAUUGCCACACAAUGCAAGUAGUAGCAAGGAAU